CUGUAACUUGACGCAGGUCUGUCUGGACACAACACAACAUUGUCCUGCCGCUUUGUUGGAGGGCCACAAAAACACCGCAGUCGUCUUCGAUGAAGUGUGUAUGAAACCAGGCAAUGUCCACCAUGGUGUACCCACGUGAAGAAGCCUUGGAACGACUGAGCCAGGAUGAGAUCGUCCUUAACACCAAGGCUGUCAUGCAGGGUCUGGAGACGCUGCGGGGUGAACAUGCCCAGCUCCUCAACUCGCUGCUGGACUGCACACAGCCGCCAGCUGCCCAAGAGAAGUCUGGAGUGCUCCGGAAGAGUCUGGAGGCCAUCGAGCUGGGCCUGGGAGAGGCUCAGGUCAUCAUCGCCCUGUCGAGUCACCUGAGUGCGAUGGAGUCAGAGAAGCAGAAGCUGCGAGCCCAGGUCCGUCGGCUGUGCCAGGAGAACCAGUGGCUGCGGGACGAGCUGGCCGGAACACAGCACAAACUGCAGCACAGCGAGCAGAGCGUCGCACAGCUGGAGGAGGAGAAGAAGCACCUGGAGUUCAUGAAUCAAAUCAAGAAAUUCGACGAUGACGUGUCGCCGUCUGAGGAGAAGAACCAGAGCUCUGGUGGAGGUGGGGACGGUGGAAGUGGAGCAGCAGACUCCUCCAAAGACAGCCUGGAUGAUCUGUUCCCUAAUGAUGACGACCAGGGACCGGCCCAGCCCAGUGGAGAGGUGGCAGCACAGCAGGGGGGUUAUGAGAUUCCAGCCCGCCUCAGGACUCUGCACAACCUGGUGAUCCAGUACGCCUCCCAGGGCCGCUAUGAGGUGGCCGUACCCCUGUGUAAACAAGCCCUGGAGGACCUGGAGAAGACGUCUGGACACGACCACCCUGAUGUAGCAACCAUGCUCAACAUCCUGGCCCUGGUCUACAGAGACCAGAACAAGUACAAAGAAGCUGCUCACCUCCUGAACGAUGCCUUGGCCAUCAGAGAGAAAACUCUGGGGAAGGACCAUCCAGCUGUGGCUGCUACCCUCAACAACCUGGCUGUGCUGUACGGCAAGAGGGGCAAGUACAAAGAGGCCGAACCACUCUGCAAGAGAGCGCUGGAGAUCAGAGAGAAGGUGUUGGGGAAGUACCAUCCAGAUGUUGCCAAGCAGCUGAACAAUUUGGCCCUGCUUUGUCAGAAUCAGGGCAAAUAUGAUGAGGUGGAGUAUUACUACAGACGAGCCCUGGAGAUUUACGAAUCCAAGCUCGGAGCUGACGACCCCAACGUGGCCAAGACCAAAAACAACCUGGCCACAUGCUACCUGAAACAGGGGAAGUUCAAAGAUGCUGAAGCUCUAUACAAAGAGAUCCUGACCAGGGCACACGAGAAGGAGUUUGGAUCUGUCAACAAUGACAACAAGCCGAUCUGGAUGCAUGCAGAGGAGCGUGAGGAAAGUAAGGGGAAGCGCAAAGACUCUGGGCCGUAUGUGGAGUAUGGGAGUUGGUACAAAGCCUGCAAAGUGGACAGCCCCACGGUGAACACAACCCUCAAAAGUCUUGGAGCUUUGUAUCGUCGUCAGGGCAAAUUGGAGGCAGCAGAAACCUUGGAGGAGUGUGCCAGCAAGUCACGCAAACAGGGUAUCGAUGCCAUUAACCAGAGUAAAGUGGUUGAGAUCCUAAAGGAUGGGGGAGGAGAGAGAGGCGACAGACGACACAGCAGGGAAGGAGUUAAUGGACAACAAGGAGGCAACGAAGGCGACGACUCUGCAGAGUGGAACGGGGAUGGUAACGGAUCUCUGCGCCGCAGCGGCUCCUUUGGAAAGAUUCGUGAUGCGCUCAGAAGGAGCAGCGAGAUGCUGGUGAAGAAGCUACAAGGCAGUGGACCACAGGAGCCCCGUAACCCAGGAAUGAAGAGAGCGAGCUCCCUGAACUUCCUGAACAAGAGUACAGAGGAGACCACACAGGAUGAAAACUCCGCCCUGUCCGACUCUCGGGGACUGAGUGCCAGCAACGUUGACCUGUCCAGACGCAGCUCUCUGAUUGGGUAGACUGAUGAAGUGAGGCUGUUCAUAUCAGACGACUCACUGUAAAAGCUCAAAGCCAGAUCAAAUACUUGCACCCGCAGUGUAUUUUUUAAAGAACGCCGAUAAAGAGUGUUGCCACACUAAAACAUCACCCUAUAGGUUGCUACUGCUUCGCUGUACAAACCGCUGCCAUUGAUCAGAGAAGACAAUAUUUAGAUACACAUUUACUAGCAUGUCGCUUACUAGAGAGUGGAAUGUCUGCACCUGAACACCUUGUGAUGUCAUAGCACCGUAGCAAAACCUCAUAUCCACGUUGUGUAUCCACAUGUGCAGACACUCAACCUUACAUAGGCUAACUGUCCUCUGGUUUUAGUUCAGGGAGAAGCAUUGCACUGUGUAUAUUCCACCAGUAGCAUGAAGUAUUUGCAAUGCUAACCACCUAUCUAAUUAAUAUUAGACUGUAAGAGAAAUGCAUUACAAAUGAUAAAGAACAGACAUUUCUUUGGGGAUUAUCAUAAAAAGAAUAGCACUAACCGUCUAAACCUCACUUUUUGCCUUCUUGUUUUUUUUAAAUGCAUAUACAGUUUUAAAUUAUUUGAUAUUUCAUUCUGUGUAUAUAGUGCACAACUUUCUUUUUUGUGUUUCUUUGUGUUUUAGAAUGUACUGGGUUAUCUGAACUUAAAAGGAAAGAAAUAGAAAGAAAUAAGGAGAAUUUUUGGCACUUUGAGAAGAAAAAACAUCUCCUAAAGUAGGUACCUCAGUUAUUGAAAUCUGUUGAUAUUCCAAACAGAAUAAUAAAUAAUAAACAUAAUAUGAAGCUCAUGCACUUGAAUAUACUGUACUGUAGGUUUUAUGGUGGUACUACUGAGCCUGUUUGGCUGCUUCCACACUUAGUAUUUUCUCCAGCAUAUGUUCAUUUUGAGUCUAAAAUGACAUAUAUGCACAAAAUUAUAGAUACAAAAUUUGCCCUAUAGCUUUAAAGGAUGCUACACAUGAUAAGAUUUAGGAAAAAAUGGUUGCAAGUAGGGAUAGAAGAGUCAGCCAUUAGAAAAAUAAACAUAUUUUGUCUGUUUGAGAUGGGAUAAAGUCGAUAAAUCUUGUUCUUCUAUAUCUGCCCAGACACCACAUAUUUCCCCUGCUUUUAUUCUUUCGAUCGUAAAAAGUCACCAACCGAUCAACUCAUAUUGUUUUAUUUUUGUUGCGACUUUUCAUGAAAAACGACAGUGAAGGUAAAAUCUCAAUCAGUGUAUUUAUACUCAUCGUAAAACAGAAAGUAAGUCAAUCGUUAAUCAUUACUUUCACAUAAUAUCUGUAGAAAAAAACGUUGAUUUCCAAGGCUUUUACGAAACAUUUUUGAGUCUGAAGGGAAAUACACUGGAGCAGAUUGAUUCUAUUUACUUCAGAAAUUAAGUUUACAAUCAUGUAAUCGUAUGUUUACAGUGUCAGCGAUCAAAGUAUUUAACGGUGAAAAUUCUCAUCAGUUCAGAGCUGAUGCUGUGCGUCUGCUGUCACCAGUGGGAUUCCUCUUGUGAAUUUAUUUAUUUUUUUCUCCAUUUACAAUUGCUAAGUAUGUAUUACUUUGUACAAAAUAAUCCUCAGUGUUCAUUUUAAUGGAUGGAUCUGUGGUCAUCUACCAAAUCUGACUGAUGACUGGUUUGUGUAUUUUCCUGUGUUGGCGUUAAAAGUAUUCGACUGAUGAUUUGAAUGUGAAAUUAUAAGUUGAUUGUGAGGUGAAGUGGUGAUAACUCUAGUUUUAAGGUCAAAAUGUUUUGUGCAUUUUGUUUUUUUUUUGCAAACCCUGUGGAACUCAUUUUGUGCCAAAACGUGUUAAUUCGUUAAAAAGAUCAGUGAGAUUUGCGAACACAUGAUCAGUAACAUGCGUUUUGUUUUGCGAAGCCAAAAUGUACCUUUCAAUCAAAACAUAUUUUAUAGUUUAUAUUUGUACCGUACUACAGCAUGUCUUACACGUCUAAA